GGCCAUGAAGGGAAAGAAACCUUUGUGGACAUGCAGGAUUUCUUUGCACGAACGGGACUGUGGGUUCGUCCACCCGGUGACUGUUCUUUCCUUUCUAGUAGGAUUUCUCUUGUGGACAACGACACUCUUAGCAGCCGACUGUUACCUGACAAUUGAACACGGGACUUUGCCCCUGGGGGAGAAUUUGAGCAGAGGGAAGGUGAAAGUUCCACUGACGCUUGGCAAAUAUGAAGCCGCGCUCACCUACACGGGGUACGCUGCCUUCGAGCGGUUUGCGUUUGUCCCGCUAACGAAGGAAAAAUUCGCUGUCAUGUAUAACUGGUGUCCGGAGCAGGACCGACACAGCAAUGCCUACUCCGGAACGGAGCCUCUGUUUUUCUCGUGUCGAGUGCGUGUCGAGUUCUUCACGUACAACGGCGAGCGCGCUGAGCAGGAGUACUAUGUCGGCGGCACGCUUCAUUCUCGCUCCUCGUUCACCUACAACCCCGAUAAAUAUCCGGAACUGAAAGCACUGGGGUUCUGGGUCCACGGCCCGCACGAGGGUAAGAACUCGAACAAAGUGGUGAUCGCUUUCUGGACAGCUCGCUGCAAAACUCCACAAGAAGCGCGAGUGUGCACAGGCUCGAGCCCCUGCACAGUCAAUCUGAGGAAAUCUGGCAGUUCCGGCGCCACAUCGUGCCUAGCUGAACUGUAUGGCGCCGACUCGGUAACGGUCCCCUUGGGAGAGCGCAUUUGCUCGGGGGACACCCCUUGGGCACAUGGCCCUGCAGACUGUUACCAGUACGAACUGGCGAAUUUGGCUCCGUCAGGACUGAGUGGGGGGGCUGAUGGUUGGCAAACAGAUCCCUCAAGCAGCGGCCACGGUUACCGCUUGGGAUCUCCCACCGGAGUUGCCCAACAUGGCGGCCGCUACGGCUCGGUGUACAUCGUCAGGAUCCCCCCAGGAGAUGCACAAGAACCAGAGUGGGAGACUCUCGUAGCGACGGACGUGUCUCUCGAAUACGGCCACGGCCUGGCGAACGGUCUCUGGGCAGACAAGGGGGAAGGCACAGCGACUGAAGCGCGCUAUGCGGUCACUUUCUACACACACCAGUGGAGCCUAGUUGACGGCAAACCCGUGCUAUGGCCACAGUGUCUCACGCAGCUGAUAGCCGAUGACGGUAGUGUACUCCGUAGCAACGGUCUCUUGAACAGGAACUGUUCGAGCUGCUCUUCGCCUCCCUUGAGUCGCGUCCACCCCAAAACGCGCAAGUGGGCCAGCGUCUGCACGAGCGAUAAACCGGACGCUGCCGGUGUUUUCAUCAACGACGUUCUCGCCGUCGACUCUACGGCAGCUCUCGACGGGAAAGCUCAGCACACACUGGGAACAAGCCUUGCAAUUGACUCUUCGGCUCAAAUCCUGCCCGCGAGCGGCGCACAAGGCGACUGGCUCUUGUUCUGGAGAAGGGCGUUUUCACAGGAAGCGAACGGUGGUAAACCGGAUCCCCUGCUGGGGCAGAUUCAGACGGCCAGUCUCAUGAUGGGCAGGUGGAGUGCGGACGGAAGAAACCCCUUGGCUGCGGUCAAGGAAAUUGACGCUGAAAAAAGUGUGUUGGACUACUCGGAGCUUCGCGUCAGUGCCCUUGGGCCUCAGGAUGGCGUCCUUGUGGGUUACGGCAGCGCGCUGCGCUGGACGACGACACUUGUGGACAUUUUUGAAGACGGAAAUGUUGAUGAAUCGACGCCCCUCACCAUACAACGAAUCAUCGGCAAUGUUCUCAACAACGCGGCGUUUGCUACAGACUGGUUGCCGCUUCCUGAUGGUUCCGUUUUCUGGGUCACCCGGUUCUCCAGAGGGAAUGACAGCGCAGGCCACGAAACUAUCUGGCCGAAUACUGCCGCUCCUGCCACCAAGCUACAGUUUGUACGCGUCCACAAAGUUACAGACGAUCCAACAUGCAUCGUCAAGUGGAAUCAGAAAGAUGCCUGCAACUCCACGUGUCACCGACACGAGGUCCUGCAAAACUUCGUGCCGAAAGAGGGUGCGUCGUGCAGUCUGAACGCUGGAGUCAGCCGUACCCCGACCUGUCGCGAAGGUGCCUGCCAACGCUUGAAACUUUCUCGCGUGUACGAAGGAGCGGAAACGGCGCAAGUUUCGUCGAAUGGGAAGCAGAAUGCCGUUCACGUCUCAGAUAGCGAUCUGGCGACUUUCGUUCGGUUUGAGGCUCGACCCUCUGCCUUUACUGUUGAACUGAUGGACGCGAGCGACGUUUGGGAAGUGUCUCUCGCCUUUCUCGUUAAGCCUGAGGAAUGGGGUACUGGCAUUCGCUUCACGUGUGUAGCAUACGACCGACAACGAAAUGCUGUGGCGUCUCGGGAAGGACUCCUCGGAAGAAUUCCUCCGGCCAAUGUCCUAGAGACCCUAGAGGGCUGGGCAGUCGCGCUUUGGUCGUGGCAGCACAUACGACUUUUCGGUGUACAGACGCUCGAGUGCUCGGCACAUGCUAGCUCAGCUGAUCGCGAGCUGGUCUUGGCAGAAGCGGAAUUCAUCGGGAAAGUCUCUGGUUUAUGUCCACCUGAGGGUUUCUUCGGCCGCUCCGAGUGUCCCUCGGAGGAAGCGCGCCUCGUUUUCGACGUCGCGGCGCUCGACUGCCAAGGCACCUGGAGUGAGUGGAGUCUGUGUGACGCGAACUGCUUGUCGUCUCGACUGUUCACAAGGACAAGAGAAGCCCAGUGGGGAGGCAAGCCUUGCGAGAUGAUCCAGCGAAAACCAUGUGGCGAGGGUCCUUUUUGUCCGUCCAGCACUGACUCUGAAACAAGACGGCCUCUGCUUGAUCUGCGCCGACCGUGUUUGUUCAAAGAGAGCUCGUGGUCUGCAUGCUUCCAUUGUCGGCAACUGCGGCGGCGCCAGAUUCUGCGAGAGGCGUCUGGUCCAGGUGUCGACCCGUGUCCAGAGGUCGUGGAGAUGCAGUUCUGCAGUGAAACUUGCCGUCUCCAGUACGACUUUGCUCACACUGCAAGUUCCACGUAUGCUCCAAUCACCACGCUCCCUGCUAGACUCUUUACUGUCGUCCCACUCACCACAACAGUCGCGCCUCUGUCCUGGCACCGGUGGUUCACUCUAGAGCGGCUGAGGAUAGCAGCUUGGCUCCUCGUUGCUGCUCUGUUUCUCUGUUUCCUGGGUCUCUGCAUCUUUUGCUCGUUUCGAAAAAACACACAGGGUACACCCGAGCCCGUAGAGUGUUCUCCAGGUGAAGAAAUUCCACCUCCUAUACCCACUUUCACCAGCAUGAAACGCCGCACGACCGUUAAGGUUCAGUCCGCUGCGUCCGCGGUAGCCGGCAUUGUCGCCGCCUCGAAGGAAUCAAGAUUGCCUGUAGUGGAAACUACUGGAAAUCAGGAAAGACUGACUCGAAAGUCGUGGCACUCGGUAGUAUCCGUUUACGGCCUGCCCAGAGCGUCUAGGAAAGCUACCAGAGCGACGUUCUACACCACACGAGAGCGGGGAACUACUCACGAGCUGGGCACAGAACGGAGGAGGGGUAGCGACUUCUCGUCUCCUGUUGACGGCAAAGACGAAGAACGGGAAACCCCUUUACGGUCAGUUCACGUUCGAAGUGACUCAGGGGAUCUUUCACAGUCCUCCCACGUUGGGCCAGUGCCGCGUUACGACGGCACCAAACGGGAACAUGGACCUGUGCAGAUCUCGGAAGUUACACAUGUGCGCGAAAGCGGUUGAAGCAGGAUUUUUCUUUUCGCUACCCAUCGUUGAAGAAGCCAAAGACGUCUGCAGGCACCCUGUUGUCGGUGCAACGCACGCACUGACUUGCUCAGAGAACAAGACUUCAGACGAGUUCGCCGCAGCUUCAAGGCCGAGACACGGCCGAAAUCCGGAACCGCAGCGAUGAUAAUAAGCAGAGCAAGACAGAAAAGACAGGGCAGGUAGCCAGUUCGACGUCUGUCAAGAGUGAGUCCUCCCGUUUCCUCUUCCCAUGGAGGAGGGAGAGUCAACCACGAUCGCCACCAUAAAAAGGCGCUUCCGAAGAGGAUCGUGGAAAACGAGACUCCGCCUGCGUUUCAAGACGAGCUGGACGUCUGAAGCCACAAGCUCUUUCUGGGGCAAGUGAAACUGCCUGUGUUUUUAGAACACUGUGGACAUGAAUACUUCUACCGUGUUGGUCCUCUUGGGUGGAUACCACAGUUCGGUAAAAAUGAACCGUCCAUUGCCGUUGUUUCGUCAGCACCGCACAGAGUUCCGGUCAAACUCCAUAUCGUAGGCGAUACGGUCUUCCGCUGGUGCGGGAAAUCACAGCUUUCGGCGGCUAAUAGAACGGCGGUAGGGCACUCGAUAACAAUAGCUCUUCGUACGGUCAGCGUUUUGACAAACAACUGGGAAGCCCCAUGGAGAGAUGUCCCUUCUUCUGGAGUUCUUUGCACGUUGAUCUAAAUUGACUCUAACUGGUGAAGAUGGCGUUUCCUCUGAAACGUUCCCUUUUCGAAAGAGGGGCGGAACGCAGCACUUCUCCAGGCAAAGCCUUGGUAUUCUGCUCUAAUAACCCGUGCGUUACCGAGUUCACGAAUGCGGAAGCCACAUUUGUGUGGUACGCCGUGCCAUAGAAAAUACACUCUAAACCAAGAACAGCCAACCGUUCAGUUCACCACUCAGUAGCCUCAGACUCGAGAACCAUCAAGCUCGUCGUUUUUCGAGAGCAGGUUGUUGCCAGCCUCAAACCAAUUCCGAGUUCAGAACCGACUCUUGAGGUGUUGCUCCAUCGCCGCCGUCGCGUGCAUGUGUCGCAAGGCAGUCGAGUGGAGGGAUCGCCCUCACCUUUUUCGGUCGCUUUCCUCGAAGGCGUUCGAAACUGUGCAUGCCUGAUUGUCAGCUGUAAAAGAAGCUCUACGGACCGUGACACUGUCAGAAACUGUUAACGUGUCUGUCUCCUUCGUCUACACCGCAGUCGCACAUUGCUGCGGAGAGACGGUAGAUACGCGUGACUGGAGCGACCGAGUGUUUUUCACACACAGGGACCAGCGCUUCCGUUCAAAGAGAAACUCCGUAUUCUGUCAACAUUCUGUCAACACUGCCACGAUGGUGAAAACUUGUGAGGAGUCUUCACACACAACAACUAGAGUUCGCAUCUCUGCACAGACAGAGGUGUUUGACUGCAUGAAUCCCAAGAGGCGACGGCGGUGCGGGCUGCCUCUGCAAGAGCGUCUCUGCCCGUAGAGUUUUUGCCUUUUUCUAGGCUUCUCUCGUCGUGCUGGUUUUUCCAAUCCAAUCGCCAAGCGCCACACACUGGAGCGACCUUGAGCAUUCUUCUCCUCACAAGCGUGUCUUUGUCACCCUUCGCUAAUGGCGCUUCCCCUCGCAUCUCUUCCUCCUGCGCAUCUUCACGGAGAACUCCACUUCCGAUCUGUAAAGGAAUGCCAAGUGUUCCGUCGUCUAGGUUCUUGGGCUGCGUCCUGCCGCCGGACAGCUCUUAAAGGAAAGCCGGCGGCAACCCUCCAGGUCGGAGGUUUCUCUCUCUUCGUCGCGAGGAGGACAACGUUUCAUGUGUACUUUAACGACGGAGAAACAUGCAAUCGGACGAGGUAGACGCUUGUACGCUAGGCGCUGCCUCUCACGCAUUUCGAAUUGGAAACGAAGCAGUGGAAAAGACACAACAUGCCACCACGGGAGUCGACCGAGAGACUGCGCAUCUGCGAAUUUGGAGCGCGAACAGAAGAACCUCCGACUGCAAAUUUAAUCCAAGACGAAGAUGCAAGACACACAUUUACUCACAUUUACUGCCACUGAAGAGACCAACAUGACGAGAUCCCGCUUGCUACAGAAUGAAGUUCUCGCUGUUUCCACUGCUUCCUCAGCUGUAGCGAACGCGCCUUCCAAACCAACAACACCGUCAGGCUCAACACAAAACCACUAAAGUCGCCUCCACAGCCUUCCCUUGUAAAUACACACAUGCACACAAACAUAUAUAUAUAUAUAUAUACGCAGAGAUAUGCAUACAUACAUAUAUGCAAUAUAUAUAUAUAUAUAUAUAUCUGCAUGCUUCUCGUUUCUCUCUCUCCUGUCUAUCGAUAUAGAUAGAAACAUGCGUGUCGAUUCGAAGUGAAUGCGUUUUAGUAGUAGACUCCGGACGAGAGGAGAAGGAAGGAGAGAGCGAAUCCCAGAAGAACGGAGGCGACGGCUGACCAUACAAUUUCCUUUGCGAGACUUCUUUCCCUGGGAGAGAAUCGAAUAUGGUAGAUGAAGAAACUUGCGCUGGCGACUAGGCCGAGGAAAAGGAGGACGAGAGAAAUGACGUCGAACAACCGUGGCGCGAUGAAAAUGGGAGUCGGCACAAACUUCGGCUCAGUCGUCGAGCCGGGGGCUUGGGGAGACGCCGGGGACGCGGCUGCAUGCGCGAGAAGAAGGGGCAGACGGCGAAGGAGAGGCAUCGUGCUCGCCAGCGAAAACCUGAGGCUCGGUGCGCAGGGUCGCAUAUUUUCUUCUGGGCGUUUCAAGAGUCGAAGAGAGGGCAGAAGACGACGAAACUCCGGAGACGGAGACACGACGUCGACACUGUGGAGCACACAGAGAGAAGAACGCAGAGAACAGGGACGACGCGCACUGCGGGCGAGCGCGUGACUCCGAGAAGCGACUCUCCAGAAGCUCGGCCAAACGCGAGAGCGGCGGACAGAGACGAAAGCCGGAAUCCAGAAGGGAGGCGAAAAAGACGCUCGCGAGCAGCGACAGACGCACCGGAGAGACAAGAGAAUGCAGAUCGGGCAAAGGGGCGUUGAAGUGAGGCUUCGAAAAAGACACGAAUGCGCCAAUCAAGGAAGCGCGGAACAAGGACAAAUCAAACAAGUUCGACGCACCAGGCGUCCGCGGAGAGAAAGAACUGGGACGCGUCAGAAAACAGUUUUUUCGUGGAAAAAUCUGCGAUGCAACAGGCAAAAAGUCUUCAAGAGUUCCACCUUCUCAUGCAGACAGAAGGCAGAGCAUGGCGAGGAGACAGAAAGUCAAAGUUCCCGCGGAGACGCCGUGCGCAAACACCGGCGACAACCAAAGUUCUAAGAGAAAACACUAAUCGACGCAAUUUCUGACAAUAACAGACUAGGCAGACGCCGCGACAUCCAAACGCGGCAAUACUCCACUGCCUGUGAUUGACAUACAUGCACUUAAGGAAAACAAAUACAAG